GAUUAGGGGAUUAGCAAUAGAGAUGGAGAAUACGCAUCUUCCAUUUUUGUUUUGUGAUACCCUGUGAGAUCGUCGCGUAUUUUAGUGUUGUGAUUUUAGGUGGCCUGGCCGACUGUAUAGAGGGAAAUUUACGGGCUAAUUAUACUGUUUAGGACCCGGGAGGCUCACUAAUUGGUGCGAGAUUUCAGUUAAUGUACUGAUUUCCAUCUAGGAAAAGGUUGGCGUGUGCUGGAUAUGAGAUAUUUGGUGCUAACUCGUUGAACAUGGUGCCGCGUGCUAAUGGAACUCACCAUUCAUGUCUUCAACUGGUCGGAGCUUGGAGUUUAGAGAAAAACAUAAUGUACAAAGUCUUGAGCUUCCUCUUAUUAAACAUGUUGAAGGGCCAGAUACAGAUAGGCUUUCUGCUGUCCUGCGCGAUGAAAAGUUUGACUGGAUCACUAUAACAUCUCCUGAGGCAGCUGCUGUGUUCCUUGAGGGAUGGAAGGCUGCUGGAAAUCCUAAGGUACGAAUAGCGGUUGUUGGAGCAGGUACUGAAAGAGUUUUUGACGAAGUAAUUCAAUACAAUGAUGGAUCCCUUGAGGUUGCAUUUUCUCCUUCUAAAGCUAUGGGUAAAUUUUUGGCCUCAGAGCUUCCAAGGACCACUGAAACUACUUGUAAAGUGUUAUAUCCUGCAUCUGCAAAGGCUGGCCAUGAAAUCCAGAAUGGGCUAUCAAAUCGAGGAUUUGAGGUGACAAGACUGAACACAUAUACAACUGUAUCUGUACAGGAUGUCGAUCCGCUAAUAUUAAAGCCUGCUCUUUCAGCUCCAGUUGUUGCAGUAGCUUCUCCUUCUGCUCUCCGAGCUUGGCUAAAUCUUGCUUCACAAGUUGACAACUGGGGCAACGCCAUUGCCUGCAUAGGCGAGACGACUGCCUCAGCAGCUAAGAAAUUUGGCCUGAAGAGCAUAUAUUAUCCUACCACCCCGGGACUUGACGGGUGGGUUGAAAGCAUCCUUGAAGCGCUCAGAGCCCAUGGGCAAUCGAAAGAGGCCCCAGGGUGUUGAACUUGAAGACGGGCAAUUUACUUGUACCAGAUGCUGGAGGUUGGUGGACAUUUGUGGCGGCUGCAUAUUGAACUCUGUGCUUCCUUGACUAACCGAUCACACACUUUUUGUUGUUUUUCUAAUAUAAUUGAGAGGAGAAACCAAGUCGGCAACUACUGUAGUAGAACUACUUGUAAAUUGUGAGCUGUUUAUUGUAGCUACUGAACACGGUGCGGUAUAUUACCAGUGUUGUACCAAUUGUUGCUUAGUUUAUACCAGUUUGGCACAAAAAAUGAGCCCUCCUCCAAAAA